GUGCGGCUGCAUCAGCGCGUGGUUGCAACGCGACGGUUGGUACAGACGUUUUUUUUUUCCUCCACAGCGGGUCUAACGUACGCUUCACAAUGGAGACCAAACCGGUCAUCACCUGCCUUAAAACCCUCCUCAUCGUAUACUCCUUUGUCUUUUGGAUAACAGGAGCCAUCCUGCUGGCAGUGGGAGUAUGGGGGAAGUUGAUGCUGGGCCCGUACAUCUCCCUGAUAGCCGACAACUCCACCAACGCCCCAUACGUUCUCAUCGGCACCGGUACUGUCAUCAUCGUUUUUGGCCUGUUCGGAUGCUUCGCCACCUGCAGAGGAAGCCCAUGGAUGCUGAAGCUGUAUGCCAUGUUUCUGUCGCUGGUUUUCCUCGCUGAGUUAGUGGCUGGGAUUUCUGGAUUUGUCUUUCGCCACGAGAUAAAGGGAACCUUUCACAGGACAUACACUGACGCAGUCCUGAACUACAACGCUGCGGAUGAGGCGAGCCGUGCUGUUGAUAAUUUACAGCACAGGCUGCGUUGUUGUGGAGUGUAUAACUACACCAGUUGGUUUGCCAGUGUUUAUUACCCAUCCAACGGCAUUCCUGCCAGCUGCUGCUUCAACUCCUCUGACUGCAACCCAGAAGACCUCCGUAAUGCAACUCUUGCUCCGAGCAAAGUCUACCACCAGGGCUGCUAUGAGCUGGUCACUUCAUUCAUGGAAACCAACAUGGCCAUCAUUGCAGGAGUGACGUUCGGGAUUGCCUUCUCACAGCUGAUUGGCAUGUUGCUGGCCUGCUGUCUGUCCAGGAUCAUCACAGCCAAUCAGUACGAGAUGGUGUAGCUGAUGUGACGUGGCAGGGAGAUGAAGAGAAGAAGAGACAAAGAGCCUUGACACAUGACAACAGUAAAUUCCUGAAACACUAUCACACAUCUCAUUUGGAAUUUACCUCCCUCCGUCUCUCUGCCUGUGAUCUUAAUGUAAUAUCUUAAUGUAUCUUAUUGUAAAGCAUCAUUCCUUGACUCACUGCUGUUGCAUCAAAGCUUUCUAUACCACACAUCCCACUGCUACUUGAUGUAGACGUUGCUCAUUAGCACAUAUCUCGGAUCAGUACAGCCUACAACAAGCAGGUAGACCAGAGUUGUCAGUGUUGACAGCGGUUUUGGUCUCAGAUAGGUGACUGAGUGCGACUUGGCUUUACUGUUGGUUGCGGCAUGCUCCACCGACCACCAUCAGAAGGCACAUCUUUGUACAGAAUGACAUUACUAAAGCUUGAAAGUAAUACUUUGAUAGAUUAUUUAGUUUUGCAUUUGACUUUGCUAUUGCUCACCAUUGUAUAUUCCUAUAGUUGUGGCAUUUUGUGAACUGAUUAUAUGUACUGAGGAUAUUUUAAGUUUAUAUGAGGAAACUGACAGGAGAGAAAAUUCUGAAUGGUUCGAGAGUAUUUUUAUUUAAGACAAAGCACAUUGUUUUUGUCCUGAAUAUUGAACUUAACUCUGUGGCAGAUUAUGAGCUAAAUUCCAUUUUAAAAUUAUUAUUCAGUAUGAGUUAAAGCUUUAGUUUGGCAUAAAUACACAAGAACAAACUCAAUUUGUUGUCAAUUAGUUUUACAGGGGAACAGAAAUAUAAUCAUCCAGCAAACCAAACACCAGAGAGUGCUAGCUAACAGUCAGUUAGCAAACACGUUAGCUUGCUUGCUAACAGGACAAUAAUUUCACUGUUUAUUCAAAAGAUUGUAAAAGCAUUUUCCAUCAUGUGGAGCAGUUUAUACUUUGAUAGAGGAGUAAAAAAAAGUGGACAGAUAGCUAAAAAGCUACCUUCCUCUGUUUUAAACUCUCCGGCUCUCUUUUCUCUCAAAGUUGAACUUGACUCAAAAAAUUCACACACAUUGACUUUGCUUACGCAAGUGAAUCCACUCAUUUCUGGAAUUCCAUUGAAAUGAAGUCUAAUGAAUUCAUUCUGCAAAACAUCAGUAUGCUUCAAAUGAAGUAGUUUGUAUGAGGUGUUGUCUGAACACAUCUGAGGGCAAAUGAUGUUGUGUUCAUGUGAAAAGAGACAAAAAUAGUGGAAAAAAAAAUAUGAAAAAAAGAGAGCCUUAGAGAGAAGUUCAAACCUUGCUUACUUUGUCACCCUUGCACAUCUGGCCAGUCAUUGCGUGACGUAGGUUGUCAGAUUGCUGGUUGUGAAAAGCCGCAGAAAUAGCCAGGCGCAGCCCCCCAAGCACUUAAUUUAAAGCAUACACCUUUAUAGUUCGAAGCAGAUGAAGUUUCAAUCCAGAAGAGGUCAGCAAUAACACUUUUUAGCUUGCCAGGGUCCUAUCAAGUCAUUAGGGUCAUAAUUUGUUUUAUUCUAAUGGGAAAUAAUGCCAGCUGUAUGUUCCAGUGAGAGAGGUCAACAUUAGAGAAACGCAGGACUCCACCAGUGUUCAUCUAGUAUUCACAGUAUUCUAUGUAGUGCAUCAACAUGCCGCAUUCGUCAUCAUCUGUAGAUAUGUAUUGGAAAUGUAAUUUAUAUGAUGUAAUGUUUCUCAUUCUAAUAUGCUAAUAAGUGUAAAUGUCGUGUGUCUGACUUUUGAUUCUGCACUCUGGUCUGUUAAUCUGUAUUUGUUUGAUAGUUUAUAGGAAACACGCACUGAAAAAUAAUUGUGGCCAAUGUUUUGUUGAGAGUAACGUGCAACAUAUAGCUGUUUCAAUUUAGCUGUAUAUUUAUUAUAGUUUGGUUGGCAUUACGUUUACAGUUUCACCAAGUGAUUUUCUAUCUCUCUUUCAGUGUGUGUGUGUGUGUGUGCGUGCGUGUCUGUGUGUGUGUGCGUGUGUGUGUGUGUGUGUGUGUGUGUGUGAAUGUGUGUGAUAUUUUUCUUUAUUUGACUGUCCCCUUAACCUUGAGUGUGUAUUUUCCUUGUAUGAUGAGGUUUGUGUGCAUGUGCGUGUGUGUGUCGGAGAGAGAUUUUUGUGGAUCCUGUUGUAUUCAAUUUUGGUCAGUAUUUCGUUGUGGCUUUUAAAAACUCAUUGCUUUUAAAGCUGUAAAUUUAUUUAGUGAAUGUAUGUUUUCCAACACUCUGAAACUUGUUUUUCCUUCCCCAGACUGAUAUUGUCCUGUAAAUACUAAAUUGUAAUACCAUCCAGCUUACACAUGGGGUCACCAGACACUCAAAAAGAAAUUGCAUCAUGCCGUCUACUAUUGACUAAGUCACCAUCAGUGGUCUUAUUAUCAAUAAAUAUACAGAAUAACAA